AUGCGACGACUUUCGAGCAGUCUCCCGCAAUUUCAAGGACAGCGCGACAAUUGGAAGGAGAAGGGCGGACGAGGACCACGAUGGAUUCGAAAAGUGCCGUUUGCCGGCAGGAUACGAUCUAUCUAUGGACGAAUGGGAAGGAGGCUCAAGAUGAUUCUGCUCUUUAUCCUGGUGGCAACUCUCUGCUACACUAUUUUCUACACAACUCCCCUUGCCUACUACUGGCGAAGAUCGUUUGGUGGAGGUAACAAGUUUGUCAUCAUCCUGGGCGCAAAUGUUGGAGGAGGUGUGAUGGAGUGGAAGGGCGCCCGAGAAUGGGCGAUUGAGCGAGACAGCGUGCGAAACAAGCGAAAAUACGUCAACCGAUGGGGCUACGACUUGGAGAUUGUCGACAUGAGCACCAAGAAGAAGUAUGCGCACGAAUGGCGAGAGAGCUGGGAGAAGGUUGAUUUCGUUCGGUCAACUUUGAGGAAAUACCCCAAGGCAGAAUGGGUAUGGUGGUUGGAUUUGAACACCCUUGUCAUGGAGCCCUCAGUGUCGCUUCAAGACCACAUCUUCAACCAGCUCGAGCAAGUAGCUGAGCGUGACAUCAACUACUUCAACCCUCGCAACAUUUCGCAUCCGUUCACCGAUUCCUACCUCGAUGAGGUCUCGAGGAGCCCUGUCGGAGAUGGCAAUGCCAACUCGAUCAACAUGCUCAUGACGCAAGAUUGUGCCGGCUUUAACUUAGGGUCUUUCUUUAUGCGACGCAGCGAAUGGACCGAUCGACUCCUAGAUGUGUGGUGGGACCCAGUCACAUACGAGCAGAAGCACAUGCAGUGGGAGCACAAGGAACAAGAUGCGCUGGACCAGCUGUACCAGACACAGCCAUGGGUCCGCAAGCACAUCGGCUUCUUGCACCAGCGGAAGAUUAACAGUUUCCCACCUGGAGCUUGCAAUCCUGAUGGCGGUCCCAAGAACCCUCACAUCCAUUACGAUGAGAACCAGCGCGACUUCUUGGUCAACAUGGCAGGCUGCGAAUGGGGUCGCGACUGCUGGGGUGAGAUGUACUACUAUCGCGAAUUCAGCUACUGGCUUAAUCGCAAUCCUUGGGAGCGCUUCAAGGAGGAUCUCAUUGCGGUUAUUUGGUUCAAACUCACCGGCCAGAAGGUCAAGUUGUGA